UUAAAACUGAAAGUGAAUGUAGGUAAGCAGGAAGUAUGUGCGUAAUUGUCAUGUAGUAUCCGAUAUGUUCAUGAGAUCCAAUACUAGAUGUCAGUCACAAGGUGAAUUCUUUCCUUUACUUCAGCACUGCUGCACAUCAUAAUUUUGACUGAUUAAAAACAGAUUUCAGCAUACAUUCGAAAGAUCAUUUGAGCAAGAACGAGUGUUGACAUUGGCAUGUCCAUGGCUCUGGUUUGCGCGGCGGAAUAGGUCUGAGCGGUGCACAUUGCUGAUAAAAAAUAAUAAAAUAAAAUAACUAGGAAUGUCAAAACUAACAAAUAUUCGACCUAUUUUACUGACAGGGUCAUGUCCCGUUCUAAAAUGCGACGUGUCCCUUUAAGAGUAAUGCAACCAGGAAGUGAUCAUAUGAAAAGGAAGAGCGCUUGCUUGCUUUGUUGUUUCCAGUACACGAUACAUGUAUCCGAUAGAUACAUUGGGGUAGCCAGAGGGAAGCUCACGGUAACAAUGUAUUGUCGUUUCGCCUGUUGUUGUAACUAAUGCGUUUUCCACUGUUAUCUUGCAAACAUGAACAGAUCUCAGCUGAAGCGCUCACGAAUAUUGAGGAUGGCGCUCGCUGGCUCUGCGGACUCCACGGAUCUGGAUGGAUCCACCGAGAGUUUUAUUGGAAGGUCCUUGAAAAUCGCUUUCGUGGUGGCACUGUACUGGUUCAUCUCCAUCACUAUGGUUUUCCUAAACAACUAUCUUCUGGAUAAUAAAGAUCUGGAUGCACCGCUUUUUGUCACCUUCUUCCAGUGCCUGGUCACCGUGGGACUGUGCCGAUUAAUGUAUUUUCUGUCCACAUUAUUCCCUGGCAAAAUUGACUUUCCCUCAAUGAAGUUUGACCUCAAAGUGUCCCGAGAAGUUUUACCUCUCUCCAUUGUGUUCAUUGCGAUGAUAACAUUCAACAACCUCUGCUUGAAACAUCUCGGGGUGGCCUUCUACACCGUUGGGCGCUCGUUGAGCACAGUGUUUAACGUCAUUUUCUCAUAUACAAUUCUGAAGCAGACAACAUCCUUCAAAGCACUAUUGUGUUGCGGGGUGAUUUUGGGAGGGUUCUGGCUUGGAGUGGACCAAGAGGGUGCCUCUGGCUCGCUGUCCUGGACGGGGGUCUUCUUUGGCCUCCUGGCCAGUGCAAGCGUGUCCCUCAAUGCCAUCUACACUAAGAAGGUCAUGCCAGUGGUGGACGGCAGCAUCUGGAAACUGUCCUUCUACAACAACCUGAACGCAUGCGUCCUUUUCCUGCCCCUCAUUGUCGUGUUUGGAGAGCUGGGCAGCCUCUUUCAUUUCAGCCGUUUGGGAGAUCCUCAGUUUUGGGGCAUGAUGACCGUUGGGGGCGUGUUUGGCUUUGCCAUUGGAUACGUCACUGGCCUGCAGAUCAAAUUCACCAGCCCACUGACUCACAACGUGUCGGGCACAGCCAAGGCCUGUGCACAGACGGUCAUCGCGGUGGUGUACAACCAGUCCAGUAAGUCUUUCCUGUGGUGGACCAGUAACAUGAUGGUACUUGGGGGCUCGUCUGGAUAUACGUGGGUGAAAGGUAUGGAAAUGAAGAAGGCCCCCGUCCCAGUACAACAAGUGACAGUGUCAAAGGACAUGGAUGAGAAAAGUCGGCCGGAUGUAUAAGACAUCUAAGACAGAACAUAGAACCCUUACAGAGAAUGUGGUACACAGCCAUCUCAAAAACAGCCCAGAGGAACACCGAAAAAUGGAGACCUGCCUUUCCUUUUUAUCCACGCCAUAUUUUGUUAAAUGUGUCUGCUGUUUGUCUAAUCAUCUGGUCAUUGUCUGUUUGUGAAACUCACCUUAUGAUGUUUUUUUUUAUUACAAUUUUGUUUUUUAAACUGCUGAUUUUUGUAUAAUGAUAAUCCAAAUCUUGUGGCAGCAUACAAUCAUUAUGGGAUCAUACUUCAUGUACAGUACACUCAGUGGACACUUUAUUAGGAACACCUCUCUAGUGCUGGGUUGGACCCCCUUUUGCCUUCAGAACGGCCUUAACUGCCUGCAACAAUAUUCCGGUAGGCUGUUGCAUUCCAAGAGAGAUAAAUUUGUACUAAUUGGCCCAAAUUGUGCUUAGAAAAUAUCCUUAUGUCAUUAUAUCUCCAGCCUGAAACGUUGAUGUAAGGCAGGGUCGAUCCAUGUUUUCAUGUUGUUGACACCAAAUUCUGACCAUUCCACCUGAGUGUUGCUGUAGAUACAGUAUCAAGACUCAUCAGACCUGGCAACAUUUAUCCGAUCUUCUAGUGUCGUUCAUAGUGAGCCUGUGCAAAUUGUUGCCUCAUUUUCCUGUUCUUAGCUGACAGGAGUGGCAGCAAAUGUGUUUUUCUGCUGCUGUAGCUCAUUUGCCUCAAUUUUUGAUGUGCUGUGUAAUCAGAGAUUCUCUUAACCAUACAUCUGUUAUUUGACUUAAUGUUGCAUUUGUAUCAGCUCAAACCAGUCUGGCCAUUCUCCUCUGACCUCUGCCAUCAACAAGGCAUUUUUGCCCACAGAACCGCCGCUCACUGUAUAUUUUUUUAUUUUUCGCACUAUUCUUUGUAAACCCUAGAGAUGGUUAUGUGUGAAUAUCCCAGUAGAUCAGUAUUUUCUGAAAUACUUAAAUCAAGCCCUUUCGGCACCAACAGCCAUGCCAUGUUCAAUGUCAUUUAAAUAACCUUUCUUCCCCAUUAUGAUGCUCGAUUUGAACUGCAUCAGAUCAUCUCGACCGUGGCUACAUGCGUGAAUGCAUUGAGUUGCCACCAUGUGAUUGGGUGAUCAGAAAUUUGCCUCAAUGAACAGUUGUAAAAGUGUUCCUAUUAAAGUAGCCGGUGAGUGUAUAUCACAGUAGGUAGGUGUGCAUCAAAUACCCUGGCAAGCCAGACUUCAACAUGAAAACUAUACUCUGGCACCCCAUCAUUAGCGAAGCUGUGAAAUCAGCGGUUGGCUUUCAAACUGGUUCAGACUGCAUGUAAUAAGCCAGCACAGCCGUGUAUUCACCAUGCUGGCCUUCCCCAAUGACUCAGAUUCAAAUAGAGAAAAACAACCGAUACACAUAGACUGAGCGUUAUGAUUGAAGGACGGGUGUAGCAUGCUUUUGGAUUAUCUCCUAUGGCGCAGUUCUGGACCAAUUUGCAAAGCAAAAAAAUGGUCUGUGGCUAUGCAGGGUUUACUAGGCUAGGGGUUUAAUCUUGUCGUUUGUCCUUCCUUAAAAUUCGUACAUGAUUUCAAUAAUUGCCUUGGCCUUUAUUUUUUAUAAUCAUUUGACACUUGUGUUGUAACUGUAAGGUUUUGUGUGUCUUCUUGUACAUAAGUUAUUGAUGACCUAAAGCCAUGCAAACUGUAAUGUCCAGUCUUGUCAAUGUGUCUGACACGAUACAUUUACGAAGUAACAAAACAUUGAUGCCUUAAAGAUUCUAUAUUUUCUUGGUAUUGAUGGACAAUUUAUGAAGCACAUGACUUGUAUGAAGUAAACACAGUAUGUACAAACAUUA